AUGAAGGCCACCGGCCUCCUCUCCUUCCUGCCCAUGACCGCCGCCAAAGUCCUCUGGGACGGCCGCUUCAAUGACCUAAACUCCUCGUCGGACCUCAACAAGUGGUCCUGGUCCAACCAAGUCGGGCCCUACCAGUACUACAUCCACGGCUCCGGCGACGUGACGAAGUACGUCAACCUCUCGCCCUCGUACAAGAAUCCGGCCGACGCGGCCUCAAAGCAGGGGGUCAAGAUCACGCUGGACAGCACGGCCUACUGGAACGGCCAGAAUAUGCGGCGCACCGAGCUCAUCCCGCAGACGAAAGCCGCCAUCGCGUCGGGCAAAGUGUGGUACCACUUUAGCAUCUCGCGCAAGGACACCAGUGCGCCGAGCGUCUUCCGCGAGCACCAGAUUGCGUUCUUCGAGAGCCACUUCACCGAGCUCAAGAGCGGGUGGAUCAGCGGCGAGUCGGCGGUGAACAAUACGAAUUUGCAAUUCAUGGUGCAGCAGAAGAGCCUGUGGAAGACGGAGUGGAAGCCGGAUACGUGGCAAAACGUCGCCUACGAGAUUAACUUUUCCAGCGGAAGCGUUGGCUUCUGGCAUUCCGAGGGCAGUGCUCCUCUGCAGCAGGUUGUGGCUCCCGUGUCUGCUUCGACAUCUUCCAACGGCCAGGACUGGCACCUGGGCGUCCUCGAGCUUCCCCGCGACGGCUACGCGGACACCAACGAGGACUUUUACUUCUCUGGCGUCUACGUUGAAGAUACUGCCAUCACGACCUCUGUCACUGGACCUGGUGAGUCUUCGGCAGUGAGAUCCCACGAGUUGAGUAAAACUGACGCGGAUGGGCAUAGCAGCGUGAGAGAAUGUCACAUCCCUCAUGAAGGAGGACUGAGGGACUGA